UGGAGCUGCCACCACUGCAAGUGAACCACUGUGUGAGCCACCACGGCAAGUGAACCACUGUGUGAACCACCACGGCAAGUGAACCACUGUGUGAACCACCACGGCAAGUGAACCACUCUGUGAACCACCUGCUCAAGAACUAUGUUAUUAGGCUGUCGUAUAGUGGCGCUGGCGGCAGCUGUGGUAAACUCAGCGUCCAUACUUAGUCAAGAUGUGGGUGAACCCGUGGAACAGGUGAGUGUGAUGGUGAACCAGGUGGUGGAGCAGGUGACCGUGAUGGUGAAACAGGUGGUGGAGCAUCAUCUCUCCAGCUGUCACCUGGUACUUAUCACCACUUCUCAACACUCACACAUUACCUCCGCAGUACUAAGAAGCCUGAGUGAGAGUGUGGAGGCUGGCGUGGUGGUGGAGGCUGGGUUAAUGUUCUCCAAGUACCAGCUGGAACAGAAACUGCUUUUUAAGGGUCUGUGGUACGACGUCAGAACUACUUGUCGAGGACUCAUCAUCGACCUGACUGACAUCAACAGCACCAGUCUCGUUCUCAGAUUGCUUGAAGAGUCAGGUUCAUGGAUGUUACCAGAAACUGUGGUUGUUAUGGUGGGUGGGAGGUCGACAGUGAAGGAGGUGCUCCUCCACCACAGUCUCCGCAACACUGUCAAUGCUCUCUACCUCGCCCUCCAUGAUUUCAACCUUCACCUACCACCUCUCUACCAAUACAAACGGCUUAUGAAGAAUCUCACUCAAGAAAGAGGAAAGAGAAGAGGAGUGAAGGUAUACAGACGGUGUUUGUUCUGUAACAACGGUGAACCUGACGUCCAACUUGUACACUUGGGGAACCUCCACUCAUUUCAUCUAAUAACUGACAACCUAUUUCUUGACCAGUUUAGCAAUUUUAAUGGGCACAUGUUGAGAGUUUCAUCAAAUAGAUUCUUCCCGUACACUGACUACACGUCUGGAACUGGUGAACAAGAUUCCCUGGUCACUCUCACAGACUGUAUGGAUAGCAGACUGCUCUCUGUUUUCUCCUCAGCAUACAACUUCAGCAUGGAGACUCGUGAGGCCCCGGAAAGAUCCUGGGGAUCAGAAGUGGAUGGAAAAUUUAAUGGAAUGUUGGGAAUGCUCCAGAGAGAAGAGGCCGAUUUUGGUGGACCAAUUGGAUCAGCAGCAAAACGAAUGAAAGUAAUGGAAGAAGCUAGUGCAUACGAAGUUGACAUGUUGUGCUUAGUGUCUCUCAAUCCCUCACCACUGCCACAAUACCUCUCAAUAAUCAGGCCCUUUACUGCAAGUCUGUGGUUGGUGUUGAUGACGAGUGAAGUAACGGUGAGCGUGAUCCUGUGGCUGCUACUGAGGGCGUGGAAGUGGAUUACAGGAACACAUGUUGUGAGGCUCAGCACUGCCUUCUUGUACAGCUGGGGAACGCUACUUAACAAACCACCUAAGCAUCCCUCCGUCAGUUACUCUGGCAAAGUGUUGGUAGGUGUGUGGCUGGUGUUCUGCCUGGUCAUAACAACAGGAUACAGCUCAUCAUUAAUCGCACAUCUCACAGUCCAGAGUAAGAGUAAACCUCCGGAAACCUUGGAGGACCUGGUGUCUCUGAACAACUGGAGAUGGGGUAUCGAGCCUUGGAAUAUGAAAGGAUCACCUGGAAUAUAUUUUUCCACACAUACAGAUCCUGUAGUGAAACUUAUUUAUAAGAAAAUGGAGGUUGUGAGAGCAGAGGAAGCCUUGUCUAUGGUAAAGGAAGGAAGUUACAGUUUCAUAACGACUAAGUAUUACAUUACCGUCGUCAUCCAGUCCUUCUACACGAACAUCUACGGCCAGUCUCCCUACUACAUCUCUCGCUCUGGAAUAUACUUAAACGCUGAUUUUGGAUGGGGAUUUAGGAAAGGCGCACCAUUUUUCCGGCGAUUUAACCAGCUGUUACUGCAGUUAAAAGACUCUGGCAUUACCAACCAGUGGAUGAAAGAGGUGAUAACCAGACGAGUGCGGGAGAACAGAGGAGGUGCAGCACUCCGCCCUGAGGGACUCUCCGGAAACGAUCUCAAUGCAAGUAUUGUGUUUCUUAAUAUAAUCCAGAUUCACAUCACUGAGUAUAGUCCUGGAAAUUAAGAAAAAAAAGAAUAAAGGGGGGAUAAAAGGAGAGUAAGUAUGGUUAGUGAGAGAAUGUUGCUGAUAAAAUGAUAUAUUGCCCUUCCACUAUAUAUUUAUACUUGAUUGUGAAUGUAUUUAAUUUCCAUUUUGUAAUCCAGCAUG